AUGGGCAAGAAGAGACGUGGUCCCUCGCUGGACGAGCUCAUGGCUCGUCCAUGGUGCUACUACUGUGAGCGCGACUUCGACGACCUCAAGAUUCUGACACUGCACCAGAAGGCCAAGCACUUCAAGUGCGAGCGCUGUUAUCGCAGGCUAAACACUGCGGGAGGAUUAUCGGUGCACAUGAGCCAAGUCCAUAAGGAACAGCUUACGGAGAUCGAAAAUGCGCUGCCUAACCGAUCAGGCCUCGAUGUGGAAAUUUUCGGCAUGGAAGGUGUCCCCGACGACGUGCUACAAGCUCACCACCAGCGUGUUGCAGCUCAGUUCCACCAAGCAGAGGCCGAGCGCCAGGCUACGACUGGCAACCCUCCAGCGGGCAGUGGAGCCGAUGGCCAGCCUCACAAGAAGCCGAAGCUGGAGAAUGUAUCAGAUAUAAAGGCGCGAUUGGCAGCACACCGUGCGAAGCGCGCUGAGGGCGCUGCAGGAGGUAGUAGUGGAGAGGCAACGCCCGUGGGUGCUGGGCAGUCUGCGCCAACUCCCCCCACAUAUGGACGACCACCCGCCAUAGCUACAGCUGCGCCCGCACAGCAGCAGCACUCGUACCCGCAACCCUAUGGAGGCACCGCAGCUGCAGUCGCAGCCGUAGCCGCGCCCCCUUACCAACAGACCGCAAGCCCCGGCUAUCAGACAUUCUCCCCGGUUGGUGCAGCGCCUUACGUUCCGGCCGGAUAUUCACCUCAGCCAUUCCCCGGCCAGCUCCCCGCUCCCGGGUACGGAGCUACUCCCCCUCCCUUCCCUCAGCAACAAACUCCCCCGACCGACUCGAAUCUUCCCCCUCGACCAGGGAGCCUGCCAACACUUGCCGGCCUCCCCCAAAGGCCCGCCUUCGGCGCACCUCCCGUCAAUGCGCAACAAAUGCAACAGAUGCACAUGGGCCACCUAGUCCCGCCCACAGCAGCGCCCGGCUACGUCAACGGCGAUGCGAGCCAAGUUUCCGGACAGGUCUCCUCGUCUGUUGAUGACCUGAUUUCGGGCGCGGCAAAGCAAGCCGCUGCAGCGGAGAAACCAGCUAAGAAGGACAAAACCAAGAAUACGCGCAUGAUAUAUUCCGACGAAACGACUAGCCCCGAGGAGAAGAUGGCCCAACUCCCGCGGUACACAUUCGCACGCACCGAGCUCGCCGGCUCGGUGGUCGACCCGGCGCAUUAA